AUGUUUAAAAAGAAACCACAAGUAAAGUCCUCUCUGAAUAUAAAGUCUUCUGAGAGGCGAAAUCUAUUGAAUAAGGUCUGCGAAACAUAUAAUUUUGACAAAACGCUUCUACUGAAGGAGCAAGAAUUGGCACUUCUUCCUUCAAUCACAAAGCAAUCAACAUAUCACAACGAGGACCAAAAAGGUACCAUUUACUUUGAUUCACAAGAAAAGCCAAUAUGGUUUAGAAAUAGAGAUUCUAUCUUAUACCCGACUAUCUAUACAUUAUGGAGCAUUUCAAAUAUCCUACCGGUUGUCUUGACAAACUCUUUUGUCAUUGAAAGAAUACUUGAUAAUGCUAACCUUAUGUUGCCCGGCUGUAUACCUCCUUUUGACAAAAGAAUGACCAAGGGGGCCUUGGUUGGAAUUGCAUCUUAUAAGAGUCCAGAUGUUGUCAUGGCCAUUGGCGUCUGUGCUCUCAACUUGACUCAGUUCGAUGAUGUGCAAGGCAGACAGGGAACUGCUGUUAUAGUGAAACACUUUUUAGGAGACGAACUUUUCAAGUUGUACGAUGAAAAAGUAGGUAUUCCGGAAUCAAUUGAAUUGUCACUCAACUCACUCAACAUCGAAGAUAGCUCGAAUCAAGAUGGCAUUGAAAGCGACUCGAACAACCAACAAAUAGGCGAGGAAGAAGAGAUUAUGGAAGAGUCCGAAAUUGUAGAUGCUACAGAUGGUUCGAAGGAAAGUUCUUCUUCUAUCGUCCCGGAGACAGAGGAAAUGCAAACCGAAGACAUUGACAAUUUCUUCAUUCGUUCAUUCAUCCAGUCAGUCAAAACAAGCGAUUUAGGCUUGCCAAUCUCCUCUUCCACUAUCAUGUCAGAUUUUGUCUUAAAGAAUCUUCCCAGAAUUGACCCGAAGUACCGGUCUAUCAAGAAGACCCUGUGGAAGAAGAGUGCUAAAUUCUUGAAACACUUAGAAAAGAUUAACUACUUGACCCUCAAGGGCAAAGGAGAUGAUGUUACAGUUUUGACUGUCACAGUUCCUGAAGAAAUAUUGAGGAACUUUGUAACUCAUAAGACUGGGGACGUUAAAGGGCCUUCAAUGACCCCCAGUAAGAAAGACAAUGAAAACAAGAUGACCGUUUUAAGUCUCUACAAGCCUACCAGCAAGUCUCGUAUGAUAUUCAAUAGUUUGGAGCUUGUAUUCAAUAGGCUAUACACUGCUCCCGAGAUUAAAGUUAUCGUGAACAAUUACGUGAAGAAACAUGAACUAGUGGAUGCAAACUCGCCGAAAUUGAUCAAUCCGGAUGAAGCUUUAUCUUCUGCCAUCAAUAGUAGUGGGAAAACAGCUGUGAGUCGCGAAACUAUUUGUGCAAACUUUAUCAAAGGCUGUUCGCCCCACUACGCCAUUCUUGACCCGGGCGAAGAAUACAACUCUUCGCUGGACGUGAAAAAAGGCCAGCCGGCUAAAAUUAAAAUUACUACCCAAACUGUUUUAGGGAGGAAGAAAACAACGACCGUUCUGAACUUUGAACAAUUUCACAUCAAACCACAGAAACUUGCUGAAGAUUUGAAAAAUGCCUGUUCUGGUUCAACAGCGAUCAACCCCUGCAAACAUAAUCCUGCUGUUUUGGAAGUUAUGGUUCAAGGACCUCAUGGGAGUACCGCGAUUGAGUACUUGAAGUCCAAAGGAGUUCCCACAGCAUUUAUAGAAUUCGAGGAUAAGAGUAAAGGCAAAAAGAAGCGGUCUUAA